AUGCUGACAAAGUGGACACAAGAGAGGCCCUCCUUUAAUGAGUUUGAUCUACACUUAAUCAAGUACUCUCGGUACUCCAGGUGCUACCCAUCCAAACAGAUGCAGUACAAGUCUGCAUGCAGAAGUUUACUAUGCCUAACAAGACUUGCAAUACAGAAUAGGAGAUACCUUGUUGCUGAAGGAGUUGUCAGUAAAUUGAAAUCUUGUGAAGCCUCAGAUUUCCAAAUGCAAGUUGAUAAACUGACUGAAGAAGCAAAACUUUUCUGGUCCAGAGGAGAACAAAACAUUGCCAAACACUUAACAAAGAAGAUAUUGAAGAUGUUAGAGCAAAAACAAGAAAGCAACUUGGAAGCAGCAAAGCUGUACCCUAGAGUCCUCAGUAUGUAUGGAAACUGGGCAGCAGAAACUAAUUUAGAAGAUCCCAACACCAUUAUGGAAGAGUAUCUUGAAAAGACAGUGAGUUUGUUAGAGAGCUUGGAGGAGAAAGGGGAUACAAUUCUAGAUGCGUAUCUUUCUCUGGCUCGGUUUGCUGAUGGUCAGUAUCAACACAUUGUGAACUACAUGAAGUCAAGUACAUUUGAAGCCAAGCAGAACUUGAUGACAAAGGCAAAAAAGGAAAUAACAAGGAUGCAACAGCUUGGAAUGGACAAUCUUGAGAAAGAUCGAUAUUAUAGAACUUUAAGCAAACAGAGUGAGAUAGAUCAGUCAGAACUGAAUGCUAUGGAGGAGGAUAGAUGGAGAUGCCUAAAACAGGCUGUCCAGAACUAUAUCAAAUGUCUGAAGCAUGGGGACAAACACGAUAUCCGCAUAUUCCGUCUGGUAUCCCUAUGGUUCAGUAAUCCUACCUAUGCAGACAUUAGUGGUUUGAUUAUGAUAAACAUGGACAAUAUUAAAUCCUACAAGUUUCUGAGUUUGAUGUACCAACUGUGUGCUAGAAUGGACACUAAUCCACCUGCUGAUCAAUCUCCCUCUCUACAGAAAACACUGCAAAAAAUUAUUCAUCACACAGCUGUUGAUCAUCCCCACCAUACUCUGUUCUGUAUUUUUGCUUUAGUCAAUGCUAAAGAGAUUCAGAGCUACUAA